AUGGGCAAGUUGGGAAUUUUUGUGGUUUUUAUUUUACUGGGACAGAUAUCAGCCAUAGCCAGAGGGAGAAAAAAAGAGGACCAAAGGGAAGAGAUUUUGAAAGAGUUGGUGGAGAUAUGGAGAAAUGGUGGAGGCUGGAACCCUCACAAAGUAAAGCCACCACCAGAAAGACGACAAGAUCAACAAAUUAAUUCUAUAAUGAGCAGCAUAAUGGGAGGUCUCAAGUUUCUAGGUUUUAUGCCAAAGUGAAGUACAGGUCUGCCGUCUCUAAACAAAUCCUUUAAUCGAAACAGACUCUCAGAAUUCCUUUAUAACAUCUCCAUGUACCUCCAAGAGAUGAGCAUGGAGUUAGAUGAUCAGCAGCAACCAUUUGGUGAUGACCAGUUUUGGGAGAACCUACUUUAUUCUUUGCUUCAAACUGGAAGAGAAACAUCACUUGGACUAUGGGAUGGGGAAGCUCCUCCGCGACCCACUUUCAGGCUUCAGGAUCUGUUUCUGUCCCUCAGGGGCAGCCCACAUUGGGAUGGGCUUCUAGGUGAAAGCAUUUUGACCCUUACUGAGCGGCAGCCGCAAAAAACCAUCUUGACUUUUGUUUCCCAGAACUGGAAGACCAUCAGUGCUUUGCUCGAAACGGUUCUUCAAGCUCUGGUCAGUGGGACCUAUGGCCAAGCCGUUGCAGGUUUGCAGGGUUUCAUCUGUGUCCUGAAAGGACGAAAUGAUUGUGCCUUCAACCUGAGAUGGCUGCAGCAGCUCCUUAGCUUUAUGGAGACCAGGAACUGGAAACCUGUAGUCAGUGUACAUCCUUUAAGUGUGGAAAACAAUCAAAGAGAUACUGCCCCCUCUACAGGACGUUUUAAGACCUUCCUUGUGCCACCUGAGGUGCUAUUUGAGGAGCAACACUUGUGGAAUCAAACAGGUGCUGAUUCCGAGAGCCUUUCUUCUAUGCAAGCACUGCUUCUCCAAGCUUUAUCAAGGUCAAAUGCAGGAGAAAGGGCAGUACAGUUCACAGAGUGUAAUCCUUCACUCCUGCAGGGCUUGGAUAACCUCAGACGUGGAUUCCUGCACAAUGUUGGCCGCAGUGUGUAUGGUAAUCUGAGAAGAAAAGUGCUGCAUAUGACCAAGACUCUGCUGGAUGACGUAAGCUGCAUGAUGGGAGAACCACAAUACAGUCACCAUGGAAGAUGCUCUGUAGGCAAUGACCUCAGGCAAUUAAUUUUAUGGGGAAUUAGACACAAUUUGACAUGGAUUGCUCAAGUAAUGGGCUUCAGCUCAGAAGGUUUGGCCAGCAGGCCAUCUUUCGUGUCCUGCCCCUCUCAGGAGAAAAAAAGGACUUCGAAACAUCAGCCCUCAUCUAGAACAUCUAGACUAUACCAGCUCCAGACAAAUGUCCAUGAGCAGAGUGAUUUGGACCUCUUACCCUCAGCAGAGACUCUGGAAGCUGCCUGUAAUGCCUCAAUCCCUGGUCUCAUGGGGGUUUCAAAUUGUACCAUUUUCCUUUAUUGUAAUCUCUUUGAGGGAAAGGAUGACUCACAGGACCCUGAAGUCAGCCAUUUUGAGACAGACCUGCAGGCAACCUGCUCUGAUGCAGCUUGGUACCUCUCUGCAGCAGAAGACGAUUUUCUUUGGGUUCAUGUUUGUAGUGAAUAUUUUGCUCAUGAGUUCAACAAAACUGUCUGUGCUAACUCUACAUUCUGGCUUCAACAUGCCUAUCAGGUAGAAGCUUCUAAGGAUUACCAGUACCUCAACCAGACAAGCAUUGAUGACCUCUGUCUUCAGCUCUCUAAGGAUGUUUCCAGGGAAACUCCUACAGAUGCCACUGAGGAUUGCUUAGCACUGCUGAGCAGCAAAACUUUAACUGUCCAAGAUUUCAGAAGAUGUUUUCUGCCCAAUGAAACAGCCCUAAUUGCCUCUUUGUGUGGUAACGAGUCAUCUCAAUCACCCAAAGAUGGAAGCUGGGCAGCAGAAUACUGCUCUAAGGUCAUCCCUAAUCACACUUACAGUGACUUCGAAGACAGGCCCUGUGACUACACAAACUGGGAGAUUGAAAAUUGUAUUAACUCCACAGCCCUUGAGCUUUGCAGCAGUAAAGCAGGCCUGAAUGAUUACAUUUGCAAAAAUACCACACUGUACCUCAUGCUAGUUCACAAGCAUCCUUCAUUUUUAGAAUACUGUUUGAACUCUGAAGGGAAGCAAGGCAGAACGUGUGUCCUAAAGCAACUCUUUGACAUGCUGCCAGCCCCCUAUGAUUAUGACACCUCUCAGCUUUGGGUCAAACUGCCCAUUCUGCAGGAAGCCAUUCAUAUGCUUACUCUAUGUCAAGGAGUAGUGAAUGAACGCACAGGUCGGUUAGCUGCAGUGAGCUAUUUGCUUCGAGUGUUGGAUUUUAUGGUUGGGAUCUCAGCAGGUUUGGAAGAGGGAGAAAGGGAGGUGCGUCAGGGCCUAGGCCAGGCCAUUCUUCUUUCUAGCCUCCAAGACAAUGCUUCUUUCUGGGCUACUCUAAGGCCUGAUGCAUCCAUAAGUGUACUCCGCACUGUUGGUGUCUUCCUCAAGAGAGAGCAAAACUAUUCGCUAAAGGAAGACCUUUUUACCUGUUUCAGUCCUGUCCUGUGGGACCUCAUUCAGAAGGAGGGCAACUCUUCCGCUUUAAGAUUUCUAAUGCAGGAGUACCUACAGAUGCCUAGAGAAAGUAUUCGCACCUUCGUACUGUCAGCAGAAAAAGACGCUGUGAAAAGAUUCCUUUCCCAUGUUCAUCAGAGUUGGGAUCAGCUUCAAGUGGAAACAACACAGGUAAACAAAUGACAUCCUAAGUACUCUGAACAAGAGGCCAUGGAGACCAUGACAGCUGCUUUCAUCCACAAGUUUCCUCAUGUCACACCUGUACUCUUCAUCGACCUUUCUCAGUUUAUACCAUACAUGUCUGUCUCUGACAUUAUGACAUUUCAAGCCUCGCUGAUGGCCAAUGAAAGUGUACUGAUGGCAAUUAGUGAUCACAGCUCUGAGAUGAAGUCUCCACAGAAACAAGCCUUUGUAAAACGGCUGUUGCAAUCCAGCUUAACUGGAGAAGUUCUUUCAUGGUCUCCAUACUUCCUUAGCUCCAUUUUGCCCCUACUGCCCUAUCCCCCAGUUAGUCACUUUCUGCAACUCACAUCUCAGCAACGUACUCCCUUAAUGGAGAUGCUGGGAAAUAGCAGUUUGGAUGCUACAAGGGGGCGCCAUGUACUUCGUACUGUCUUCAACACGGGGAAAAACCUCUCAAGCGACAACAUAAUGAGGGUUGGAGUUCUCAUAUGUUACCUGAAUUCAGACGACUUGCAACAGUUAUUGUCUUCGUCAACUCUCUCAUCAACAAUGUGGGAAGAGCUGGCACAAUGUGUAACAGAGGGACAUGUUAGUGGAAGUGGCAGACUGUCGCAUUGGCUUGGAAUGGUCCUUAAACCUUUAAAUGCCAGUGUUUUAUCAGCUUCAGAAAUGGCCUCAUUACAUGGUAUGCUGCCACAAAUUGGUGCUUCAUUCUUGGAGCCACUGUCCUCAGUUAUUGGAUCUUGUAACUCUGCCGAUCUUGUAAGUAUGCCAACUUUCCCACCUGCACAGGCUUUCCAGAUACUGAACAAAAUAGCAGAGGAAACAAAUGCUCAAAUGCUGUUCAAAAUGAUUCAUCAGACCGUAAACAUCACAAGAGACUCAAUAAUAAAUGUAGGUUGUAUUGCAGGUGGCAUGAGCUGUGAAUGACUGAUACACUGGGUAAAUUAAUCAGGCUCCACUGAAUUGUUGGAGUUUAUCACCAAGUUACCAGGAGGAAUUAGACCAGCUUUGAGGAAAUGCAUUGUGAGAGAAAUUAGGAAACGGCCAGACAUUGAUUUAAAUUAUUUGGACCCCUCAUUUGCAGCAAGACUACCACUGACCAUGUUGGAGCACCUGUCUAACUCCUCACUCAUAAGAAUACUGGACCAUGUUCGACAACACUUUAUUGAUUUUCUUCAACUACCACGACACAAGCAAAUGGCUUUGGCUGAGAAAGCUAUCGAAGUACUUGGAAUAUCGGAAGAUGACCUCACUGGAGCCUCCAUGGACAUGCUUGGUCCUCUUCUGCCCUUCCUGGAUAGGGAUGUUUUAGCUCAUGUCGACAGAGAGGCUCUGAAACUGCGACUAGAGGAGUUGAAACAGUAUUGCCUGCCCUCUGACUCCUUCAGACAAAUAUCAGCUUUGCUAACAGGGAGUAACAUGAUGGGAGAACCGAAAACAUGGAAGGUUGGAGAUGUUGAACAAGUGGGUAGACUUGUGUUCGUGCUUUCACCUCAACAGAUAAGAUCACUACCACUGGAUGAUUUAGGUAAAGACAUAGUCGAGCAAGUUCUUCAGAGUCAGUGGCUUUGGAAAGACAGUGAAUUAGGUAAAGCUUGUUUGGACCAGAAAGGACUACGAGAGAAGAUCAAAAGCCUCAUACAAAGGAUUGUGAAAGGUCGAUGGUGGAUGAGAAGGGGCCCUGUCCCAAGCUGUGCAGAUAUUAAAGGGACGUUUCCCUCUGCCUGAAGGGCCUAUCAGCUUAAUCGAAUGAAUAGGAGAGAGCUGAAAGCUUGUGUUGAAUUCAUGGGUCAGGAUGACACACUUGAUGCCGAGCAGCGUGAAGCACUUUGGAGUGAACUCAGACCAGUUCAUAAGCCAGUGAGGCAGCUCAAACCAGAACAGGUGUUGGAACUAGGAUGUAUAGUGACUGAGAUGGGGGAAAGAGAGCUACAGGCUGCCAACUUUUCCAAUCUGGCUGUUGUGGCCUAUCUUGUAAGCCUCAAUGGGUGGAGCACAAAAAAGUAAAUGACAGCAGCGGUUCUUGGCAUAAUGAGGCGACUUAAACGUAAGCCUGAAGAACUUGGUGUGGUGGAGCUUGUUUCCCUUGGACAUCUGCUUUGCGGCUUUAAUUCUUUGGAAAUUUCCCGUCUAGACCCUUUCAAUUUGAGUGUGGCAACUUUGUUUCUGGGGGAGAUGCUACUGCCAUGUUCUGAGCUACAGACCGAAGCGCUGACAUCACGCCUAUCCAAUCCCCUGGGCUUUGGUCCAGUCAGCAGCUGGGGCUCUGAGGUCUUCACUGAGAUUGGGACUUUGGCAGCUGGGCUUGAGGACAUGGCAUCGACAACAGCAGCAAUAGCCCUAAUACAUCCAAGAAAAUUGUCUGUGGUAUUUAGUGCCACUCAGCUGUCAUGGCUGAGUUCUGAACAGGCGUGUGCCGUGACAGAGGAGCAGUGGGCGGAACUAGACAAUGAGCAAAGACAAGCGCUUGGCAUGGCACAGUAUGAAGAUGACCUCAUGCUUGGACACAGAGGCAGGAACCAGGCUCCAUCAGUACAGUUUGCCAACAGCUUCGCAGAGUAUUUAUUACUUUUUGUCUGUAUAUUGUGGAAUCUAUUAUAAAGAUUAUAACCUUUAGUUAUUUAUUUGUUCCU